GUUAUUGUUUAAGACUACAGACUUCUAUACUAAAGUAAUAUACUUUAAGUUCUAUACUAGUAUAGAAGUCUGUGUUUAAGACUAUCACCUGCGAUUAUUUCAUGAGAAAACUUUCUGCGAUUAUAUUUAAUAAUUAAUCAAAUAAUUUAUACAAUUUCUUGUUACUUAGUUUUGACUUAGAUGUACCAUUUUUGAGGGAUGCAAUCAGUGAAAGGGGUCUUGAUCAUACAAUUAAAACAUCACACUAAGAAGCAGCCACAAAGUAUUCGUGCAUCCAGUCCUCAGUAAGGUUGAAAAAGAUGAAAAGGUUGCGUAGACCAAAAACACCGCACACCAUCCAUGAAUUUGCUGCAAUGUUGAAUGAUCCUCAAAACACAAAUUAUGCAUCCACACUUCAAAUUAUACCCUCAACGUUUUUUCAACAAGAACUGAUUGUGAAUGGAAUUAGUGUUGCAGUUGUUUUUGCCAACAUUGAUGCGAUCCAUAGAUAUUGCGAAGAGUUAGCUUCAGUAGAGCUGGUUGGAGUAGAUGCCACAUACGAAUGUAAGCAAUAUCUUCUGGCAUUUCCAAUGGUCUAUGCCUUUUUGGGGAGUGAAACACAAGAAACUUACUCUACGUUAUUAACAGUACUGCGCAAUAUUUUACCUCUUUGUUAUAAUGGAAUCCGUCUUGUCACUGAUUAUGAAAGUGCUCUUAUGAAUGCUAUCAGGGAAGUAUUUCCAAAUAGUCAAUUAGUAUGCUGUUGGUUCCAUUAUACAAACAUAAAUAUCAUUUUAUUAUGAUAAUAUCUGCCAGAUAAACUAAUAUGUAUUUUAGAUGUUUUUUUUUGAUAUAAUUUUAUAUAUAAUUUAUUUUUAUUAUCCAAUAUUUGCUGUAUUUGCUUUAACUGCACUAUUGCCUUGACAUGCUUAAUCUGGUGUUGAGUAGUUUUAAUAAUUAUUACUUCAAAUACUAUUACUCAUUGUUUAUGAAUGUAUUGUUAUAAAUCUUUAUUGUAUGUCUAAUAUGUAUGCUUAAUUAAUUGUAUUUUAGUCAUACUUGCAUGAUAAUAAAAUAUUUUUUAAUUGUUAACCCUAAAAUAUACUAAUAUUUUAAUUUUUUCAACAGAAAAGCUGAUUGUUAUUGAGAAUCAGUUCUUUAUAGAAUUUCAACAGUGCAGAUAUGUUACUUAAAGUUAGAAAUUAAAUGUCCAAAAAAGAGAGGGAAAAUACAUCUAUAAUGAUAAGAUGAUGCGUACAGCAGCUGAAUCAAGACGGUGACUUAUUGAUGUUUUUUAGGAGAACUGGUCACCAUAAUUGAAUCAGGUCCAGGACCAUACUUUGAAUUAAGGUUAUUUAAAACAUUAAAAACUUCGAUUAAGGUGAUUUUACAUGAAAAUAAAGGUGCUAGCAAUGAGUUAUUCGAAGAAACUGCACUUAGAUCAAUAUAUUUUGAGUUAUCAUAAUGUUCAUAAACAAUAGCAAAAUGUUGAGUAAAGGUUUCAACAAUAGAAUUUGGAGAGUUAAAUUUAGAAUUAUUUUAAUACAUACAGUCAGGUAGAAAUGUUUUUUUGCGUUUUUCAUUAAUAAAUUUC